AUGAGUACUGUACUUAUUCUCCCCUACAAAAGACCACAUUGGUCUGUACGUAGCCAGGGCCACGCGCUUUUCCAUGCGUCCCUUCUGGAGACCUCUCAGGUUGACCGCGGAAACUGGGGAGGCUGCCCCGACAUACUUCCCACCCCCGCGGGCUGCGCACCUUCCCGGGUCUUCAAGGUCAAAGGAAACUGGACACCUGCGUCCUCAAGCUCUGGGUCUGCGUUUGGAGCCUGCAGUAGCGGCCGGGCCCAAGCGCGGACAGCCGCGGCGCACCGGAUCCCCACGGCCCCCGCAGCCCCCGGGUCCACAGGGCGUCCCGAGGCUGUCCGGGCCGGGGCAAGACGCGGGAGAUUCACGCGGAGUCCUGGCAGGAGCGCAGGCAGGGCAGAGGCGCUGGCCGCGCCCUUACUUCACGAGUGCGCACCGGGAAGCAACAGAGCGGGCUCCAGCCGGGGUCACAACACGCCCGACAGGGGCGCAGUUACUAGCACUCCGGGACCGCUCCUCCCUCCCUCGAUCCCUCCCCGCGGCCUGGCGCACCCGGGCCUCCAGGCCCCGCCCCGCCCCUUCCGUUGGCGCCGCCGUGGCGAGAGCGGGCCGGGAGGGGCUCACGGGCGCGGCUGCGGCAACGCAGCGACCCCUGCUGGAGAUCGCGCUUCGGAGGACUGCGCUGAGGCCAGGCCCGGGCCGAGUGGAGCCCGGAAGCCGGUGCCACGGGUUUCCACGUGGUUGAAGAGAAUUUGUCUUCAUGCAGUGUCCUUGGAUUUUCUGGGGUCACGGACCCUUUUGAACAGCUUUGAGAGUUAUAACGUGUCUCCAGAAAAAUGUACAUACCCGCCAGAACUUACUAAUAAAAUAAGUGAAGGUAAACCAGGUACCACCAGAACUCCAAGAACUCACUACCUGCAUCAUGCUCGUGACCUGCGGCAGACGUGGCUCCCAUGGAGUUCAGCCAUGUUGUGAUCCUGGUAACCCUGUUCCUGAUUUGGGUUUAUGAUGCUUGCCAUUCCUUCCUUCUUUCCUUCCUUCCUUC